AUGGGCGACAUUCAAACUCGACCAUUUUCCAAGAAUUACAGCGGAUUGAUAAAUCAGACUGUAAUAGCCGUAGGGAUCACUGUGCUAUGCGUCGGGGGCCAGGAAUACAUGAAAAGGAAGCGCAGAGAGAAGAAACAAUAUGAGGAAGGGCUUGGAAGCAGGGAAAGUUGGCAAUUUGGAUACCUGUAUCAAGGCAGGUCCUGGGCUUGGAAGCCGUCCCCUCCGUCGCCAAGAGGAUGGAUAUUGUCGUGGGUUCCGCAAGCAGUGUGGUUUCCCGAAGCGAGAAUGAAUGAAAUUCGGGGUAUUGAUGCAACGCUGUAUAUUCGGUUUCUUCGCGGCUGCUUUUGGUUCGUUUUGCUGCACACACUCACCACGUUUCCCGUGCUGUUCCCUAUUCACGUCGAAUUCUCUGAACCUUCAAUUGAUCCUAAAUCCAUGACUCGCGCCUCCAUUUCUUCCUUGGUCGGUACGGGGGAAGGGUUAUCCUUGUUAUGGAUUCAUAUAUGCCUCCUGUUUUGGAUAACCCUCACAUGGAUCGGUACACUGUUUUGGAUAGCCCAUGGCACAUUCAUGUUACGUGCGGAAAAUAUCAAGCAAGCUGCGAAACGCAUUUCCUCGGGACCAGUUGAAGGCGCUCGUCCAGAAUACCAUCCUCAUCCCCACCCACAGUUCAAUUUUGCGUCUGUCCCAUCCUUGGACGUCAUACAUCCAAUGAACGGCCUUCGCCUUCGCACUGUCAUGGUAUCUAAUGUUCCCCCGCAAUUGAGAGAUGAAAAGGUGCUCAAAGAAUAUUUCGAGUACUACAUGUCACGAAAACUAGAGCGUCCGGCAUUGGGUUUGACCGCGACAACGCAACCAGGCUUCUUCAACAAGUCAUUCGCCUUUCUCUUCAAUCGCGCCAAACGUCUUCCAGUUAUACCCCACGAAUCGAACGAUGGAAAGGAUCCCUCUUCUGUUCCCGAUCCGGAGAAUGUGCCUGUGAUAGAUCGCGCUGUAGUUGCAAGAAAGAUGACUGAGCUGGCUUCGCUUCUGGAACGCCGCGAGGACAUUCUUCGGCUCUUGGAGACAGCGCACAUCAAGCUGGCGAGAACUGCCCUCGAGGCUACCAAAAAAGCCAUGCAACAUAAAGAGGCGAACAAACCUUUUUCUCGGAGCAACUCCAGGGCCAAACUGGUUGCGAAACAGAGGAAAAUAAUUGUCGAUGCUGAACAAGGUGAUGCUGAAUUGGAAGGUACCCUCAGCGAAGAGGAGCGAACGGAGCAGCUCAUCAAGGUUUUGGGUCCAUUCGUCGACGAAUUCGAGCUAAGGCAACAUGGUGCCAAGCUCAAGAAAACCUCCCACAGUUCAAAUCACGCUUUUCAACAGUUGCGAACAGAAGGAUCUACUGAUUCCGAUGAAGGUUCCACGGAAAGUCCCACCGGCUACCCUCCCGCCUCUGUGAAUGAACGGCGACGCCAGCACAGGACUACCAUCUGGGAGGCACUCCUCGGCCUACCACGGAGCAGUCUUGAUGCAUAUCAACCCUUGGUCAACCUAUCACAUCUCUUCCGUGGAAAGACGGUACCAUCCAUCGACUACUACACAGCUAAGCUCAAUCUGCUAACGUCCCUUAUAACGGAAAAUCGGGCUAAGCCUGUGACGAAAUUCGACCCUGUCUCGACAGCAUUCGUUACUUUCGCCGAUCCAGACGAUGCGAGAAAAGCGUGCAAGUAUCUGGCAGUCCACCCCCAGAACCCGCUUACGUGUCUGGUCACGAUGGCUCCAGAGUACCAGGAUUUGGACUGGAUCAGGGUUAUGAAAUCGUCUUUUGACGCAGAGUUCGUCAAAGACUGGGUCGUAAGCGUGGGUGUAUGGGCAUUCACCAUUUUUUGGUUGUUUCCGGUGUCGCUACUUGUUGGUUUAGUAUCUAUUCAAAACAUCAGUGUAUUCUGGCCUAGUCUGAAAGCAUACCUUGACAGGCACGCCUGGGAAGAAGAAGUGAUUCAAUCAUUUCUUCCUACACUUCUCGUGGCUCUGCUGGCUCUACUUAUCCCGCUCAUUUUGUUACUCAUCGCAAAAAAGGCACACACGAUUACGACCCUUUCAGCUCUUCACGACCGAAUCAUGACUAGAUAUUACAAGUUUCUUAUUGUCAACGUUCUUGUGUUUUUCUGUGUAGGCACAGCUGCUUUGCAAUCUAUCCUCGACUCUUUCCGAGCGUCGGCGAACACUCCCGACAUUCUCCAGAUUGUGGCGGAUAGUUUUCCGUCAGCAGGACCGUUCUACGUUGGUUGGCUCAUUUUCACGGCCGCUAUGCAUGGUGGUUUUGAAAUAAUAUUGCUCGGUCUACCCCUUAUUAUGUACCCUACAACUAAGAGACAACUUACUCCACGUAAACGAGCCGUUGGGAUACGUCCUCGAACUUUCAACUUUUACUAUUGGCUCCCUACACAUUUAUUGGUGAUCCAUGUUUUGAUGGUAUUCGCCGUGCUCAAUCCUGUUGUAUUACCUUUCGGAACAUUUUAUUUUUUCGUUGAAACUGGGGUAAUAAAAAACCAACUAAUUCACGUCUACGCUAAAAAUUACGAGGGCGAGGGAAAACUCAUCUUGAUACGAAUACUGCGAUAUUCAUUGGAUGGCCUUAUCUUAUCUCAGGCUGUUUUUCUUGCUUACAUGGUUGUCUUAAAGAAGGAGGUCAAUGUUGCCCUCUCUGCUGUGCUCAUUGUGUUUACGGCUAUCGUGAAGCUUAUCAUGACACGAAUGUGCCGAGCACAAUUUGAACGCGACGAUAUGCAGGAAGCCCAUAUCAUCUGCGGACGACCGGAUGCUGAUGGCAUUGAGAGAGGAGAGACCGAAAACACAGAACAGGAUAUGAGUGGUCUUCUCAAUACUGAUUCACAGCGAAGGAAAUCCACUUGGCGACUACCAGCUUGGGUAACGCUCUCUUAUGCUACAAUCCGGCAUCAUCCGAAUAAUCCUUUGGCACGAGGACCCAACCCUUUCCGUAUCGAGCCCCAUUCAUUUUCACGUCUUGGCCCUAGCACAUCACAGGCAGAAGAAAACGAACCGCCCUCUCGACUCGCCACUGGGAGCGAACUUGAACCUCCACUUCUUGCCCCGUUGUCACCAAUUUCCGCACCUUUAGAACCUACGUUACGAACUGAAGACGACUGCCCAGUUGUUCCUCACCCCCCGCCCGUAAGCUGGGAUGACUUAACAACCGCUGACUUGCCUUACGACAACCCAUACUAUACUCGAGCCAUUAGCAAUGUUCUAUGGCUCCCACGAAACCCAUGUGGUCUACUUGACCUCGAUGAUACCAUUGAUCUCAAGGUCUCUAUUACAGUUGAGGCUUCCGCCGGCAAGCUAGGGACUUGGAUUGGGAUACCCGAAACAGAUUCCCCAUUGCAGAUGUCCACACUAUCAUUACAUCCAUCGCAUGUUUCGUCACCACCCUCCGAACGCCGUGCUUCCAGCUUUGCGGUGGAUGGUACGGAGGAGAUUGAUCUUCCUCCCGCGAUCAUAAAGCGCAUAGAAGCGAAAGAAGACGAUAUUGAGCAAGCGGCCGCACCUCGAAGGCCUUCUACAUUCCGAGGGCGGCGGCCGAGUACCAGUCAGAGGCAACCGAGCUUGUCCAGUUUACGACCACCGAUUAAACCAUUUAGAACAUAUUCCGAAGGCACCGAGCCGAUGAAGAAGAGGUCCAACUCGUUGCUGUCGUUCUUCGAGCCCCCUCGACUUGGAUCCCCUCGGCUGGGGUCCUCUGACCAUGCUGCGUCGCCGGUCAGUCAUUCCUCACCCCGUCAGCCAAGUCUGGGACCCAAUGUUGCUCAGGGAGACUUUGUGAUGGCUAAUGCCUCACGGAUAUCUAUGGGUGCUCCCCCUCAGCUGAGGCGCGCGGAGAACAUAUCGGCACAUCAUGCAAUUCUUCGGGAGGUAAUGGCGGAAGAAGAGUCUGCUUUGGUGAACAGACUAGAAGAGGAAGAUGCAGAUGCGGAGAAAGCCACCUCUACAAAAUCACGUUUUACCUCGUGGAUGUUCAAGAAGGCCCCAGAACCGGAGUAA